AUGCAGCGCUGGUUCCCCUUCCCGGGCAAGGGCAUCGGGGACUACCUCCAGCUCGCGGGGCUCAGCGCCAGCUGCGGCGACGGCGGCGACGCGGGCCUCUUCCGCGCCGACACCCUCGAGGAGGCGCGCGCGGCCUGCGAUGCGAGGCCGAGCUGCGACUUCUUCUCGUGGUCUCGCGGGGACCGCGCGGCGAUCCUCUGCUCGGGCGGCGCGGCGAGGUUCAAGGAGCACCCGUCCUCGGCGGUGGGUGUCCACCCGCGCCUGCUGGGGCUCGGCGGCCGCGGCUACGCCUCCUUGCCGAACUACCAGGCAGUCUGCGAGCCCGGGCAGGUGCUCGCGGAAGUGCCGGGGGUGCACAGCGCUUCCGAGGCGGCCAGGAUGUGCGACGAGCACCAGGGAUGCACCUAUUUUGCCCUGAGCACGGUGAAGGACAAGUGGUCUCGGCUGGAGCCCAGGGGGACCCCGUUCUACCCGGCCAACACCCUGUGGCUCUGCGGCGGCGAGCCCGUGUUCAGGCGGCGCAUGGGGUGGCUGAGCGCCGGGCAGCUCCGGCACAUGCCCCCGCUGCCGCCCGCCCCAGACUCGCCCCCCGACGUGGCGGCCCCUGGCGUGGACCCGGUGCCCGUGCAGCGGCGCUACCCGCGGUCGCCCGCGGCGCGGCCGCCGCGCUCGCCUGGCGACUUCAUCUUCUCGGAGCCCGUGCGCCCCAAGUUCGAGGAGCUCUACGAGCCCAUGCCCUCCGCGGCCCGGCAGCGGAAGGAUGCCACGCGCGAGCUCCUCGGGAACGUCUCGAAGGUCACGCUCUGA